AGGAGGGAGGAGGAGAAGCAAUGCGGGGCACGGCACGCCCGCCAGCCACAGCCACAGCCACAGCCCUGCCGGCCGCGCCGACGCGAGCAGUGACGACCUCGCGCGCGCUCUCCUGGCAUGUAACGCUUCUACUCUACCCCCCGGCAGCAUCCACCGAUGAAAAGGAGGCCCCGCGACGCCCAGUUACUCACGGGCUGGCCUCCGAUUGUCCAUUCCUUCCUCCGCCCCAACCUGGAUGCGCUGAUAAUCAAGCUCGCGGUAGCCGCUGGAGAGGUCCAGAACAGGAUCUGAUCCACCCGGCACAAAUGGGUUCCCUCACAAGUUCUUGGAUGAUGAACUUGUGUGGGAGCACGGUAUGUUCCAACCAGCAUGUAAUUUCGUGUGCAUUGAAGGAAAUAUUUGAUUCUUCCACCUGCAUGAAUCAUCUGGUGGCAAUUGGCAUCGGCGCAUUGCUCAUACUCACGCUUUCACUCCGAUUGCUUGUUAAAAUUCCAAAGACUAGAGCGUCUGCACAGCAGCUUGUCAAACUUGGUUCACCGCUACAGUUGGCUGCAGUAAUAUUCAGUGGCUGUUUGGGAUUGGUAUAUCUUGGCCUCGGACUGUGGAUGCUCGGGAUCUUCAAUGAGUUUACUCCUGUUUACCUGCCACACUGGUGGCUUGUGACAUUGUCUCAAGGAUUCAGUUUAAUCCUUUCCAGUUUUGCUUUCAGCAUCAGGCCUUGGUUUCUUGGAGCUUCAUUUGUUCGAUUUUGGUCAGUUUUGGUUACCAUGUACGCAGCAUUCAUAUGUUGUUCCUCAGUUGUAGAUAUUGUUGCAGAGAAGGCAAUCACUAUUAAGGCUUGUUUAGAUGUCCUGUCCCUACCAGGUGCAUUACUCAUUCUACUUUAUGGCAUUCAGCAUAGCCAUGAUGAAGACGGUUACGAAGGAAUCGGAAAUAUUGUAUACAAGCCCCUGAAUACCGAGGCAGACGGUGAGAUAAUUGGGUCUGAAAGCGAGGUAACUCCUUUUGCUAAAGCAGGGGUUUUCAGUAAGAUGUCAUUUUGGUGGUUGAAUCAUUUGAUGAAGAUGGGUUAUGACAAGCCCCUCGAGGACAAAGAUGUGCCAGAUUUACAAACCACAGACCGAGCACAUAACCAGUACUUGAUGUUCUUGGAGAAGCUGAACAGCAAGCAGUCGCAAUCACAUGCCAAACCAUCAAUUUUCUGGACUAUUGUUUCUUGUCACAAGCGUGGGAUAAUGGUAUCAGGUUUCUUUGCUUUGCUCAAGGUGCUCACGUUGUCUUUAGGUCCAUUGCUUCUCAAGGCAUUCAUCAAUGUAUCACUUGGGAAAGGGACCUUCAAGUAUGAAGGCUUUGUUCUGGCUGUGACAAUGUUCGUUUGCAAAUGCUGUGAAUCUUUGGCACAGAGGCAGUGGUAUUUCCGCACUCGAAGAUUAGGACUCCAGGUGAGGUCAUUCCUGUCAGCAGCUAUUUAUAAGAAGCAACAGAAGCUAUCAAACUCUGCAAAAUUAAGGCACUCUUCUGGAGAAAUUAUGAACUAUGUGACUGUCGAUGCCUACCGGAUUGGGGAAUUCCCAUACUGGUUCCACCAAACAUGGACAACAAGUGUUCAGCUUUGCAUUGCUCUGGCAAUUCUAUAUAAUGCGGUUGGUGCUGCAACAGUUUCAUCGUUGCUUGUCAUCAUCAUUACAGUACUCUGCAAUGCUCCAUUGGCCAAGCUGCAACACAAGUUUCAGAGUAAACUUAUGGAAGCACAAGAUGUGAGAUUGAAGGCCAUGUCUGAGUCAUUAGUCCAUAUGAAGGUCUUGAAACUUUAUGCAUGGGAAGCUCACUUCAAGAAGGUAAUUGAGGGGUUGAGGGAGGCUGAGUACAAGUGGUUGUCCGCAUUCCUGCUUAGGAGAGCAUACAAUAGUCUACUGUUCUGGUCAUCACCUGUUUUAGUUUCUGCAGCAACCUUUCUAACAUGCUUCAUUUUGGAAAUCCCUCUUGACGCUAGCAACGUCUUCACCACUGUGGCAACUCUGCGCCUCGUGCAAGAUCCAGUUAGGUCAAUACCAGAUGUUAUUGCAGUUGUGAUACAAGCUAAGGUUGCUUUCACUCGGAUAUCAAAGUUUCUUGAUGCACCUGAGCUGAAUGGGCAAGUUAGGAAGAAAUAUUGUGUGGGCAUGGAUUACCCAAUAGCGAUGAGCUCAUGUGGUUUCUCGUGGGAUGAGAAUUCAUCAAGGCCAACUCUAAAGAAUAUAAAUCUGGUAGUCAAAGCUGGAGAAAAGGUCGCAAUUUGUGGAGAGGUAGGAUCAGGAAAGUCAACGCUUUUGGCUGCUGUACUUGGAGAGGUCCCAAAAACUGGAGGCACGAUUCAAGUUUGUGGUAAAAUAGCAUAUGUUUCUCAGAAUGCAUGGAUCCAAACAGGAACCUUACAAGAUAAUAUCCUCUUUGGCUCUUUAAUGGACAAACAAAUAUAUCAAGAAACACUUGUGAGGUGUUCGUUGGUUAAGGACCUUGAAUUGCUGCCAUUCGGCGAUCAAACUCAAAUUGGGGAGAGAGGAGUGAAUCUUAGUGGUGGUCAGAAGCAGCGUGUCCAGCUUGCUCGUGCACUAUACCAGAAUGCAGACAUCUAUCUUCUUGAUGACCCUUUCAGUGCUGUAGAUGCCCAUACUGCAACAAGUCUAUUCAAUGAUUAUGUCAUGGGUGUACUAUCAGACAAGACUGUUAUUUUGGUGACUCACCAAGUGGACUUUCUACCCGUAUUUGACUCCAUUCUGUUAAUGUCAGAUGGGGAAGUUAUCCGGUCUGCACCUUAUCAAGAUUUAUUGGUAGACUGUCAAGAAUUUAUAGACCUUGUAAAUGCCCAUAGAGAUACUGCCGGCGUUUCAGAUCUUAACCAUAUGGGCCCUGACAGAGCACUGGAAAUACCAACAAAGGAGACAGAUCUUGUUCAUGGAAACAAAUAUAUAGAGUCUGUGAAGCCAUCACCAGUUGAUCAACUGAUAAAGAAAGAGGAAAGAGAAUCGGGGGAUUCAGGUCUUAAGCCUUAUAUGCUUUACCUGCGCCAGAACAAAGGCUUCCUCUAUGCCUCUCUUUCUAUUAUUUCUCACAUAGUUUUCUUAGCCGGCCAAAUAUCACAGAAUUCAUGGAUGGCUGCUAAUGUCCAAAAUCCUCGUGUUAGUACACUGAAGUUAAUUUCUGUGUACGUUGUUAUCGGUGUUUGCACAGUGUUCUUCGUGCUAUCAAGAUCUUUAUUCGUCGUUGUUCUUGGGGUCCAGACUUCAAGAUCCUUAUUUUCCCAGUUACUUAAUUCAUUGUUCCGUGCACCCAUGUCCUUUUUUGAUUGUACUCCUCUAGGAAGGGUUCUUAGCCGAGUUUCUUCUGAUCUGAGUAUUGUUGACCUUGAUGUUCCAUUUGGCUUUAUGUUUUGCCUUAGUGCCAGCUUAAAUGCGUAUAGCAAUCUGGGGGUAUUGGCAGUUGUUACAUGGGAAGUUCUGUUUGUAUCGUUGCCGAUGAUAGUUUUGGCAAUUCAGUUGCAGAGGUACUAUUUAGCCUCUGCUAAGGAAUUGAUGCGGAUCAAUGGCACUACCAAGUCUGCUCUAGCAAAUCACUUAGGUGAAUCAAUUUCAGGAGCUAUAACAAUACGGGCCUUUGAGGAAGAAGAUCGUUUUUUGGCUAAAAAUUUGGAGCUAGUUGACAAGAAUGCUGGUCCAUACUUCUAUAAUUUUGCAGCAACUGAAUGGUUGAUUCAACGCCUGGAAACAAUGAGUGCUUUAGUUCUUUCUUCUUCUGCCUUCAUCAUGGCUAUCCUUCCUCAAGGAACUUUUAGCCCUGGUUUUGUUGGUAUGGCGUUGUCCUAUGGUCUUUCCCUGAACAAUUCUUUUGUUAACUCUAUUCAAAAGCAAUGCAACCUUGCGAAUCAAAUAAUAUCUGUGGAACGGGUGAACCAGUACAUGGACAUACAAAGUGAAGCAGCAGAAGUUAUUGAAGAAAAUCGACCGGGACCAGAUUGGCCCCAAGUUGGCAGUGUGGAGCUUAGAGAUUUGAAGAUUAGAUAUAGGAGAGAUGCACCCCUUGUACUACAUGGUAUCAGUUGCAAGUUUCAAGGUAGAGAUAAGAUUGGUAUAGUUGGCCGAACAGGAAGUGGCAAGACAACUUUAAUUGGCGCAUUGUUUCGUCUUGUUGAACCUGUGGGAGGGAAAAUAAUUAUAGACUCGGUGGACAUCACUACGAUAGGCUUAGAUGAUCUGCGUUCGCGUUUGGGCAUCAUUCCACAAGAUCCAACACUUUUUCAGGGUACAGUAAGAUACAAUCUAGAUCCUCUUGGGCAAUUUUCAGAUCAACAAAUACGGGAGGUUCUUGACAAAUGCCAACUUCUUGAAGCUGUUCAGGAGAAGGAACAUGGAUUGGAUUCACUUGUUGCAGAAGACGGGUCAAACUGGAGCAUGGGCCAAAGGCAGCUCUUUUGUUUGGGUCGCGCACUUUUGAGAAGGUGCCGUAUCUUAGUUCUUGAUGAAGCCACAGCCUCUAUAGACAACGCGACAGAUGCUGUCCUUCAGAAAACAAUCCGGACAGAAUUCAAAUAUUGCACCGUUAUUACCGUGGCACACCGUAUACCGACAGUGAUGGACUGCGAUAUGGUACUUGCAAUGAGCGAUGGGAGAGUAGUGGAAUAUGACAAACCUACAAAGCUCAUGGAAACUGAAGGAUCUCUCUUCUGCGAUCUGGUCAAGGAGUACUGGUCAUACACAUCAAACGGAAAAAUUUAAGAGAGAUUGUUGAUGAUGUGUGUUUACUGCUGCAGUUUCUCAUUAGAUAUACUGGAAUCAGUUUCAGAAAAGGAUUCUUGCCGCUGAAGAAAACAGAUAUAUAGUAAUGUUGUCAUGCCUAGGAGAAAUUCAUCUAUUUGGAAUCUGAAGAAAUGGAGCCAUGCAUCUUUCAGUUAUUUUUUGGAAAUGCUUUUGUUAUCUAUUUAUACCUGAAAUUUUGAGCAGCGGCUGCUGUGGCUCUUCAAAAGUGCAAAAGUAAACUGAGGAAUUCCAAUCAACAUUUCUUAAAUGGAAGGAACUUCAAAUCCGUAAACCCUGCUGCCAUAUAUAGUGCAAACUCUUCAGGGAAGCAACGAAGCGAUGGCCUAUUUUGAAGUUGUGCUUCCCACAUCCCUGCAGUUCAUUUUUGUGACCUUGGCUGCACCACCAAAUAACGCAUACAUAGUUGUACUACUAUUUCUCGCUCACAAUUUUGUUCUAUGGUUGAAUUCUGGAGCAAACAGUAGGUCGUAGAAAGAGAUUCAGGAAACUGAAUGGACUAUCUCUUGCAUUCUAGUGCUGAUUUUCAGAGAACGUACAAUGUAAUGUUGCUCCCAAAAUAACCUGUUGCAAUGUGUUAGAUUUGAAAGAACAUACAAUGUGCAGUAUAUCCGUAUA